AAUAGCAAAUCAUAGAGAUAAGAUUUCCCACCUUUUUUCAGUGAAGGACAGAAAGGUGAAGUCUGUAAGCUGUUUGAUAAGCUUCAAAUGAGAUUUAGCGUGAGAGUCUGUGGAAAGCCGCUCCAGGCAUAUCUUGAAAUUCCAGAACUUCUUUUCUCAUCCAUCACGCUGGGUCUACAGAAGAGCUUGUCCAAAUGAGCAAGACAUCACAACAGAACUCAGCUGCAGAAACCAAUGGAGUAAGUGUCAUCUAUACCCCAGCGCACACAAGUGGGUUGCAACAAGUUCCUCAGCUGGUACCUGUGAGUCCCGGAGGUGGGGGCAAAGCUACCCCUCCUAGUAAGCAGGGCAAAAAGAAUUCCAUUGUUGACAGAAGCAGUGAUGAAUACCGCCAGCGCAGGGAACGGAAUAACAUGGCAGUGAAAAAGAGCCGCUUGAAAAGUAAGCAGAAAGCCCAGGAUACCCUCCAGAGGGUAAACCAGCUAAAAGAAGAAAAUGAACGCUUGGAGGCCAAAAUCAAGCUCCUUACGAAGGAGCUGAGUGUACUGAAAGAUUUGUUUCUUGAGCACGCUCACAACUUCACAGACAGUGUGCAACCUCUGGGCACAGAAAACUCUGCAACACAUUCAGAUGGAUCUGGACAGUAGAUAAACUGCGAACUUUCCUCUACCCCUUGGAUAAUAGAAUGGAAACGAAUCUGCUUUAAACUUUGUAUCAUCUAUCAUUUUUGACAUCGUUUUUCAGUAGACUUAUCACUCUGUUUGAUGCCAGGAAAUUGAACAUUUAUGUUAAGUAUUUGUUUUAACUUGUUAAUGUAUUUUCUUGUCGGUUUUUUUUUAAUAAAUGAAAGAAAUAGGGAAACAUCCUCAAAUUACUGUCACUAAAAUUAGGACUGCAUCAUUUAUUAACAUUUAAAUCUUUUCUGGGCAUGAUGAUUGGGCAAUAUAUUUUUUUUUCAAAAUAUAAACUGUUUUAAGGUAAGAAUUUACAGACAUUCUUCUCAGUCUCCAGUUUAUCUUGCCCAGGAAGAGAUUCUGCAAGGCAAGCAUGGAUCAAAGAAAGUGUGAAGAAUCCUCAGAUAUUCAUGUGCAAAUUUACAUGCUUCAAAUUAUCUUUAUAAAACGGUUGAAAGCCUUAAAUUAGUUGUUCGGUUGACAGCUUUUUUUUUCAGCAGGGUAACAAAUAAAUAUCCACAUACUGAUAA